AUGCCCAGGGGAGGGGCUUGGAAUGGCUUAACCUACAGUAAAAAAACCACAUGUGCAAGCACUCCAGUGGAUUCACCACCUGCUGGAGGGGUCAUAGAGGUCCAGUGCAGUGUGGAUCAGAUGCCGGUCAAAGAAACGGUUCACUAUCAUGAACCAACUCCGUUCGUUCACUUCAAAGAGCCGGUUCGUUCACGACCGACCCAUCAGCGUUUGUCUCCAAAGUCUCUCCGGGUGAUUGGCGGAAAUGCGACAGUGGUUCAAGGAGGUACCGCUAUCUUACCGUGCCACGUCAUUGAUACCAAUGAUGACCUGACACAGAUUACCUGGCAGAGGAGGACUAGAGAAAAACCUGACAAUGACAAUUUUUAUACUAUCAUACCCAAAGGUGGACCAUUGUUUGUCAAUGGGCAUGAUCAUCGAUUUAAAUAUAUUGGGAAUUUUAAUGCCAAAAACGCCACACUCCAGUUAUCCAAUGUUACCCUGAAGGAUGAAGGCAGCUACACGUGCAUCUUCACCUUGUUUCCCAGUGGAAAUCAGAAGACUGAGAUUCCUCUAAAAGUAUUUGUGCCUCCUUCCACAAGCGUCGAGGACAAUCUUCCCACUUUGGGUACAGAAGAGGUUUUAUUUGCUACCUGCACGGCUGCUGGUUCGAGGCCUCCUGCAGAGGUGAGGUGGCUCACUGGUACUUUGGCAGAAAAAGUGAGGACAACGACAAACUCCACCCAGUACGACAACGGUACGACCACCACAGUCAGCUCUCUGUUUGGUGUACCUACGAGAGAGAUUAACCGUCACCUGGUCCAGUGUGUCAUCAGCGGUGACUCCCUGUCUACAGAAGUAACUCUGCCCUUCACCAUACAGGUCUACUUCUCUCCCACAGAAGUGGACAUCAGAGUGAUUUCAGAGCACUCAUUUGAGUGUGUGACAGAAGCCAACCCAAAUGCAAACUUUACAUGGAGCAGAUCUGGUCAGUCUCUGCUGCAGUCUGCAGUCAAAGUAGAAGCUGCAAAGCUACAACUGCUGAGUCUGACCUCUGACCUAAAUGGCCUCUAUCAGUGUGAAGCAUCUAACGCAUAUGGAAGAAAUCACGCUCAGCUCUAUGUGCACGUGGCAUCAGGAGCAUGCGCUGCUGCAUGGGCCUUAUUUGGUGUUUUGCUUUCCCUGAAUGUUGUUGGAGCUGCGGCAUGGUACCUUUAUAAAUCCGGACAUUUUCAGAGGUUUUUUCCUAAUAUUGCGCGUGAUGGUGGGCAGCCUGACUUGACCCCUCCCAGGAGAGCGGAAGAUGUUCACAGACAAGAACGUGAAGAACUGCAGAUAGGGCAAGAGGCACCUCUCUGACAGCUGUGGAAGCAAAAGAUGGGCAACAUGAAGGCUCCAACAUCACCGCAGAGAAAGCUGGUUAAUGAACAGAACAAAAGGUGGAAGUUUUUGGUGUCCAUUUAUAUCCCUGUUUCCAUUUCAUUUAUGUUCUCCUAGUUUAUAUUGAAGUUUAUGUGUUGCUGGUACCAUACGUCUAAAUUACAGUAAUGUGCACUGAUGCCUGCUUGAUGAUAGAAAUAUACAGGUGCUGGUCAUAAAAUUAGAAUAUCAUGAAAAAGUUGGUUUAUUUCAGUAAUUCCAUUCAAAAAGUGAAACAUCUUCCUCUUCACAACAGCCCAUAAA